UGUCAAUUGGAAAAGAUGAACCCAGAUUUGCAGUUUCUUCUGGUGAAUUCUGAGGAGCACAAAUCCAUGUGUUAUACCCUUAAUGUCCAUGUGCUGCCUCUCUUCCGAUUCUACAGAGGAGCUCAGAGGCGUGUAUGCCAGUUUAGCUGCACCAACGCUACGAUCAAAAAUUUCAAGGAUGCAUUGGCCAAGUACGCCACAGACGGAUGCAGCCUUGGGCCAGCAAAAGGUCUCGAUGAGAAGGAGUUAUCGGCAUUAGCAGCCAACAAAGACCUUUCCUUUACCUACAAACCAAAACCAGUCUAA